GAGCACACACUUAUGGGGCCUUAGAGCACACACACGGGGCCUUCUUCCUUCGCUCACUGUGAACAACCGUCCUGUAUUAAUGUUGUAUUUGGCUCAAGAUAUUCCAGGAUUCUACUUUGAUGCGGAACGGAAUCGGUACUUUCCUGUGAAGAAGCGCGGACCAAGUGGGACAAGCACUGGGCCUGGGCCAGGGCCAGGGCCACCGCCAAAAAUUCCCCAGGAGGAAAAGUGCGAAGGUGAUGUAGAGAAUUCUGCAGAGGGUGGAGAAAGCACCUGCAAGUCAGUAACCGUGCAUUGCCAAGGGUGCGGUUGGGGAAACUCAGCGGGAGGAUUUGCGGCCGCCAGUGCUUAUCACAAUCACUGGGAGGAGGAAAAACGUGUGCUGGUGAAACCAUCUGUGAAAACACUGGUGAUGACGCGGGAGCUGGCUGGCAGUCACAGCUCUCGACGAGGUUGCAGUGAUGGGCCGAGAUCGUUUCAGCGCCGUAUUAUGGAAGCCGCGGCUGAAAGACCCAUGGUUUGGGGCGGGGAGGGGUAUCUGAAGUGCUCGGCAUCGGCCCUUGUUGAUGUGCCACUGGUAGUUGGAUCAAAUGAGGGGGAGUGGAGAGGUUCCGGUCUGCUGAUAGGAGGGCCGUAUGGAGAACUCACCUGCGUUGGAGUCUCAGCAGGGGAAGCAUGCGAAGGAGAUGGAGGCAGCAAUGACAGCAAAUGGUCAGGUGGGGAUGCUGGUGGGGUUUCAAGUAAUCGAAAAGCGGAUGGACCGCCUCUUCGGGCGUCCCGCAGUCUUUUCAGGUGGACAUUUGGAUCGAGCAUUACCGCAUUGCGGAGAUGGUGGGUGACGUCUCCGGUCGAGCAACAAAGAGUGAUAGGAAGUAGCAUGGGCUGUGGUGAUGUGCCGGCACGCCUCUUUGUGAUCCAGGUGGAUGCGGCGUAUCAGCCUAGUCCAGACAUGCAGGUUAUCAUGGGCCUAUAUGUUUACCAGUUUGUGAAGCAAACGCUGUGGACUGUGGAAGCGAGUCCAAACGGAUCAGAUGUUGCGAUCGGCACGAGCAACAGCGCGGAAAUCUUCAACGUUGAUACGAAAUCGCGGACAAGUAUAAUGAAAAACAGCAGUGCUGUUCUGUCCCAACAGUUCACGAAUGAUGGCCAAGUACUCCUUUGCGGACUACGGAAUGGUGUCAUCUCCACGGUUGAUCGCCGCGAAGCACCGCCAGGGUCCUCACAGUCUGCUGCUGGGCCGUGGGGCUCCCUGGAGUCUGACAUGCCUUCGUCAGCACCCGUCUGGCAAGUUCGUGGCAGCAGUUCCUGUGGGGGACGACCGAGCUAUGGCAGUAGCUGCCACCGAUUUUGGGGGAGGGAGACGGAAAGGCAGAGGGAUAGGCGAAAGGAGAGGGAGAGAGACAUGGCGAGUGAGAGGCAAGGGAGGGAAGGAGCUGGGUGGGGCAGAGGAAGGGGUAUGGACCGCAGGAGUUCACCGUUCAGGCACGAUACGCAGAGUAGUUUGAAGCUGCUUCGCUCAUGUGACCACUACCUGGUUGCAAGCGCAAUGAAUGGCUCAAUUAGCCAGUGGGAUCGGAGGAUGGCAGAGAAACCGGUCAGACAGUUUGAGGGUCACGUCAACUCGCAUCUGAUGCUACAGAUCGACAUCGAUCCAACUGAGACGAUGCUCAUUUCAGGCUCGGAAGAUAGAAUGGUGCGAAUCUGGAGUCUGACAUCAGGAAAGAUUCUCCAUGUGACAAAGGGCUUCUCAGCACCUGUGGGAGCUCUGUCAUGGGCCGCAUUAAAAGUAAGCCCACAUCAUUUUGGUUACGUGCUCGAGGCUCAGGAAAAAAAAGGGUGUCAGCUCAGGAAAAAAAAUAUUGUGCUUCGGGGGAAGUGGUGGCUUAAACAGCAGCAGCAGCAGCCGGAGGAGGAGGAGGAGGAGGAGGAGGAGGAGGAGGAGGAGGAGCAGCAGAUCCACAUAUGGUAGGAACCUAUGAGCAUAUUCCAUAUGGUUGCUUAACUAUGAUCGCUAUGAUCGCUUGUGCUUGUGUGAGCGAUGAAAAGAACAAAAAAAAAAGGAUAGUAAGUUGGACGUGAUUAUAUAUAUGUAGAAUUGCGGGACCCCCCCCGCCCUUAACCAUUGACUGUUUCUCAGGGAUUGGAGAUUGAGGGUUCUGCAUUGAGAAACGGGGAAUCGCCUGGUCAUUGACCAUGAGUGAUGAUUGCUCACCAGCAGAUUGGUUGGCUCAUUGAUUGAUUGAUUGAUUGGAUUGGAUUGGAUUGGAUUGAUUGAUUGGAUUGGAUUGAUUGAUUGGAUUGGAUUGAUUGAUUGGAUUGGAUUGAUUGAUUAGAUUGGAUUGGAUUGGAUUGGAUUGGAUUGGAUUGGAUUGGAUUGAUUUGAUCUGAUCUGAUCUGAUUUGAUUGAUGGAUUGAUUGAUUGACUGGUUUGUUUGAGUUGUUUGAUUUGUUUGAUGUGAUUGGUUUGUUGAUUUGUCUUUGGUUGAUUGACUGAUUGAUUGGUUGGUUGGUCGGUUGGUUGGCUGAUUGAUUGGUUGAUUGGUUGAUUGGUUGAUUGAUUUGACUAAUUUGAUUGAUUUGAUUGAUUUGAUUGUUUUGAUUGGUUGAUUGUUUUUUUUUAAUUGAUUGAUUGAUUUGAUUGAUUUGAUUGAUUUGAUUGAUUUGAUUGAUUGUUUGAUUUGAUUGAUUGAUUGUUUGAUUUGAUUGGUUGGUUGAUUGAUUGAUUUGAUUGAUUGGUUGGUUGGAUGGUUGGUUGGUUGAUUGGUGAAGUAUGAUUGGUGGUUUGUCAAUGAGAUGGAAGGGAAGUUCUCAAACGAUGCUGGAGGCGUAUCGGCGGUGUACCCACCGGUCUGUCAAACCCAAACAUUGUUGAUCCUGAAGCUUCUGCGCUCCCUAUGUCGCACGCGGAUUGUCAAACCCAAACAAUGAGAUGCAGCAGGCAGGAGGCGAGAAGGGUGGAUGGAUCGAGAGAGGGGGAGGGGGAGGGGGAGGACCCCGUGCGGCGCUGGACACACAUCGUCGGGUCGGAAGGUCGGUGCUGCUGCAUCGGCUGCACACAUCCACGGUGGCGCUCCCAUGCACCUUCAGCUCUCAUCCAGGUUGGGUCGAAAACGAUGAUGUUGACAAGUAGUUCUCCGCUUGCCUUUUUUGCUUUUUGCCCUUUUUUUCUUGUCGUGGAGGGGGGAAGCUUUUCCCUUCACCUGUUUUUACUGUGCAGUUGUCGCUUCGCUUUGACGGAGAAGUCCAACGGUGUAGUGCUUUGUGCCGAGAAUUCUGCGGCAUUCAGAUUGGAUCUGCAAAGUGUAAGAAGAGCUCUUCAACUUGACGGUUUUCCAUCGAAACUAUCCGCUGCAUGCUACUAGUGCAUGGCAAACUCGUAGAUUGUAGCUUGUCUCUUGCAAAAAGUGUGCACAGAGAGAGAGAGAGAGAGAGAGAGAGAGAGAGAGAGAGAGAGAGAGAGAGAGAGAGAGAGAGAGAGAGAGAGAUUGCAAAAUAAAGGUGAACGAGUGUG